AGGACCUCAUUAUUUUACCAACUUACCCUCUCUCUCUCGCUCUCCGCAAGACUAUUUUCCGCCAAAGAAAUAAAAGAAAGAGAUGUGAUUUUUUGAAUACACCUUGCUUGAUGCGCUACCAGCGGUAGCAGCCUAUUCUCAAUUUAUUACCUUAGCCUUCCAGUCGCAAACGUAAGUAUCUUUACUAAAUUUCUUCUGAUAGCACACUAUUCUUGUUUUCCCUAGACAGGGCUGGUGCAUCGAAGACCACCACAACUUUAAGUGUAGCCAUGUGCUGUCAGGUGCGGCACACGCCUCUGAGGGCCCAGCAGGUGAUCUGCUGGGUCAUUUUCGGGCUCGGGAUCGCCACGAUCCUCGGCGUCGGGAUCUACGUCGCGUAUUGGGUGUUCGCCCUUCCGCAGGGGGAGGAGCCGCUUUCCUACGUGAUCUACGAGCACCAGAAGGGUUUCUUUGAACAGCAGGAAAGCGAGGUGUUGAAGGAAGUCUUAGAGGAACAGAGAAAUCUCUGGGAACAACACGGGUACAAAACAAUGCUCCCCGGAACCAGUUUGACUCCGAAUGUCGACGAGGGUGAGGACUCCACCGGCUCGCUUUUCGAGGAAUUGGCGCUGACGGCGAAAUUAUCUGCAAUCGUGACGGUAGCCAUGCACGGGGAGAAAUUGCAGUUUGGGUGGGACAAAGACGUCACUCCUGAUGUGCAGUUAGAAGGGGGGAAAACAAACGGAACAACAAGUGGUCGUAUCGGUUCUACUUCUGCUCCAUCAGCACCACUUCUCCCGUUUUCGCAGGACAAGGUCCCUCUCGCGUCGCUCUGGCGGGAGCAGACGGUUUUUCCCGGGAACUGGUUCUCGUUGCUCGGGCAGAGCAAACGGGACGAACUUCUUGAAAAUAGUACGACUCUCAAGAACAUCUUUGCGCAGAAGGGGGACGCCGGGUAUCUACCGCACAGCACCUCGAGUCUACGGGAUUUCUCGGUCGUAUCGGAGUAUUUGGAUCAGCACACGAAAAACCUACUGACGUUGAAAGUGCUCACGUAUCUGAAUUCCGGCUCUGCACCAAAAGCGGUAGGGGGUGAACAAGGAAGUAGUAAAGCACAAGCUGCUCUAGCUCUGCCAGUGCCUCCGCCUACUCCAGCUGAUCAGCAUACCUGCUUUCCGCUGAAGCGUGAGUCGGCAGAAUUUUGCGUGGAACAGAAAACGGAAGGAGCGUGUGAACAAAACCAAGAUCAUCCGACGAUGAAACUCUGCAAGUGGGCAUCCAGGAACGAAGUGAACCGGUUGAGGAGGAUCGUGGGGAACAACAUCGCGAAUCUGAUGAUCGACAUGUACGCAUUAGAGUACCUCCCGGACCGGACGUCGUGCCACAGUUUUUCCGCCAGUCUGUUUUCCAUUGUGUUAUUCCCCGAGAAGUUCGUCGACCCAGUCACCGGAAACGUGACCUCCUCCAGUUUCCCCGCCUGCGGCUGCGCGGACGGGAAGUGUGUGGCGCAGCGGGACUGGUUUGACCUGGAGAAAGUGGAAACGAUAUGAACUGCAAAAGUAUCGUACUCGUAUAAAUGCAUUACAAAUUUUCUCAGCAUUAAAAAUAAAAUUUGUCAUGCUGAUUUACCUUAAGAAAAAUAUUUGUAAUGCAAGACCUGCAUGUAUACGAAAGCGAUACUUUUGCACCGGAUAAACGAAGGACUACUACAACGAAAUCGCGGCCGAGCACCAUGGUCGUACUACUGCGCCAUCGUCGUUUCUGCAAGAUGUUGGCAGAGGUAGCGCAGGCACUACUACAACCUCAUCUAGCAGGGAAAGGACAGUAGACGAGGGACGAGGUGUCCAAAAAAUUACUGUACAAGAUACGCAAGAUGAACCACACCAGCAUUUCGAGAUCGAAGCUAGCGCAGACUCGAUGCACACUGGUGACGGUAGUGAUGCAGGUGAGCUGCGGGACGACGGCCAGACAAAAUCUGUUUUUGACUUCGACCAAGAUGAAGCAGAAGACGCGGAGAACAGUAGCAUAGAAAUGCAGACCUUUUUCGCUGCGGGCGAGGGAGGAAAUAUGUUGUCGCGGAAUAUUAAAAUUGGGUCAACAUCUGGCACUAGCACAAGGAAAACCGCCACCUCCGCGGCGAAUGACCUUGACAAGCUUCAUAUUCGCAGGAAAGGAUUGCACUACCGGCCGGCGCCCAGUUCGGAUGCAACCUUCGUUCAAGUGGAAAAGCGAAAGGCUCCUCCGUCGCAAGAACCCGCCACGACAGUUGUUCCCGCGUCUACUCCGCAAGAUGAACCCAGCCCGGUGUUGAACCGGGAGUGUCUGCAGGAUCUGAGACAAAUCGUCGGCGCCCGGGUUUUAUCAAAUGUAAAAAUGUCUGGGUCUGGAAGAUUUCAAACUUGUCAUGCUAAAUCUGAAGCAUGUAAAAAUCUGUGUUGCAUGAUUACCAAAAGUCGUCCACUUUUGACCAAGUCGGGAGGGAGUUUCUCAUCGGGAUAGGCAUGGUAGAGACCUCACAGACUCUGUCAUGCUAGGUCCUGCAUUCCAGACCUCAUGGGUCAUGGAAAAUCUGCAUGACAAAUCUCGCAAUCUUCCAGACCCAGACAUUUUUACAGUUGAUAGGUUUCGGCCAGAAUAAAGCAAGCAAUCGACAGCGACCGGUUCCCCGACACGGGUCGCGCGGGGUCUCUGCCGAUCGUGACGGCUCUGAACGUCGUUCCGCCGGAGCAGCGGGCCCUGCAGCAAUUGUAUUUAACAAUGCACAGCAUUGACAAGCAGAACAACGAACUCAUUUUCCCCAACAGAGGUCCUUCUGCCGCGUCGAACUACUGGCGUGGUUUGGACGUCGAGGCGCUUUUCUGCGAAAACAUGAAGGACGCGCUGCUGAUUCUGCACGGGCCGGUGUACCACGAGGCGAUUUUGUUUCAGCGGUACGCCACGGUCCACCACGAGUUGAAUGCGUUGAUCAUCCUGUUGUUGGACUUGAGCCUGGUGAUCCUGCUGCUGAUCCUGCUAGAGCAUUUUAUCGACUUCAUCGAACGCAUCAUGACGAAAUGGCGCAUGACGAUCAUUUGGAACCGGUUGAUUUUGGAGUUGGUGCUGGUCGCUUUGGUUUCGAAAAUCAUGGUGGCGUUAGGGACAAUAUCAAAUGCAAAUAUGUCUGGGUCUGGAAGAAAGAUUGGAACACUUGUCAUGCACAUUUUGCAUGAGCGAUGAUGCCUGUAAUGCAUGACCUGGCGUCAGAGAUUUUGCGAGGGCUUCCUGAUGCCUAUACCGCAUGAGGAAUACCCCCUCCGCGUAGCAGAAACUGGACUCCUCUUGCUCCUUACGCAAUACAGAUUUUUUUGGAAUCCGAAGACAGCAUGACAUGUUCCAUCCUCCCAGACCCAGACAUAUUUGCAUUUGAUAGACAAUCGUCCCGGUGUCGAAGAUCGACCGUUUGCUGUACGGGAGACAUGUUCGAUAUGGAUGUGUCAGGAUCGAAAUCGACAAAAUCGAAAAAUUUGUAAUGCAUAAAAUGUAAAGCAGGUAACGUAAGGCCUGUGUUGGGGAGCAGGCAAAUGAGACCGAUUGCAAGCCUGUUUAAGGGUAUACAAUGCGCUGCCAGAGUAGCAUUACAGGAGCAGUCUUCUUUGCCCAAACAGCAUGACAGACUGGAUUUGGGUGCUCCCGAAAUUUGUCAUGUGCCACUUGGAAACUGAGGCGCCAUCUGGUGCCCAUUUUAUGCAUCGCAAAUCAUUUCGAUUUUGUCAAUUUCGAUUUUGAAACUUUCAUAUCCGAGCGGAAAACCACGGGGCGAGUGGGUACGAGGACUACACAACGAGUGCUGAGGAAGGAGAACACUCUGGUGAAGAUCGCCACUCUUUCAUCCACGUGUUUGAGUUCAUGGACUCGGCCAUUUUCUACACGGUGUUGACGUUACUCAUGGUGUUGAUGUGGAUUUGGUACCGGAUAAAUUUUGAUCUGGAAACGAUGAAAAAGGUGGAGCAUUGCGUCCUCAGGAGGCCGGACAAUUACGAGCAGUUGCUGGAAGAAUCGGAGGAACUGCAGGAGUUUCUUUUGCGAGAGGAAAUGGAAGUAGAUUUUUCGAAUGUGGAAAGUAGUAGAUAUGGUGGAACAUCAACAAGAACUGCCGACGGACGUGCUGCAGGGGACGAGACAUCUAUUUCUGCAGGACAACCUCCGACGAUCUUGGCGACUGAGAAAAAUAGGAUCAUGCGCGUGGAUGAAGAUGAAGACCAAGGCAGGAAAGAUGAAAACAACGAGCAGGCGCGUCGGUUAUUGGAAGGGGUGAGCGAGAACGACCCGGUAAUAGUACGACCCGGGAAUCCAACCAUUUCCGCCAAGACAGCCUCCUCCACCUCGCAAACGCAACUGGAAAACAAGACAAGCAGCGGGGAAGCCACCGGGCUGGAAACUUCAAUUUCAUCCAAGCACACUAGUUCUGUGGCGGCGACAGGAAAUAGGGAGCAGAAGGAGAAUUUGAAAUCCGGCAUUCUAAAGAAGGUCGCUACAACAACUUCGAAGAUGAGCCACCAUCAGGAGCAUGUGGAAUUUGCCAGCGAACACAGGGCGAGAAAGUACCUGCGCAAUCAGCACCAGAGUCAUGUGAAGACUCCGUUCUCCCCUACUAGCGCACAGAAAAACCAAGUGCCGCAGCAUCAAACGGCGUGCAGCAGUGCGGCCGGGAAACGGGUUCUGGCGACUUUGAAACGGAUGCGGAAGUCCAUUGCGGCGUAUGGGUUAGACGCAGAGGAGCAUCAGGAACUGGAAGCGCCGCCCAUGUCCACGAACGCGUUUUUGACCACGAAUUAUGCCCUUGCAGCAACGAGAACGACGGAGGAUGGGGACGAUGAUGCCCAUUGGCAGCGGCCUCCGGAUCAUGGCGAAGAUGAACCUGGCACCAGUCGGCACAUUUUAGCUUCGAUGGUGACCACCACAACCGCCUCUGCGGAGGACCACUCGAAUGCACAUGCAGAACAGGAAGGUAAAGGUCAAGCAGAGGUGGAGCGUGUAGUUGCUUCCAAAGAAAGUACAACAAGGGCACCAGGACGAACUACAGCACAGAAAAAUGAAGCGAAACCUUCUAUCUCGGAAGAAACAGUGAUCGAAGCCUUUCUUUUCAAACUUUCGAUCCUGCAGCCCAUUAUCGGGAACGCGCACCCGGUAACAUCCCCGAUCGCGCUGCACCGGUUUGAAUUCUGGCGGUAUUUGCGGAACUGCCUCCCCAUCGGGAUUGAGCGGCUGCUCCACUUCCCGUUGUGGCUGUACGUCGUGCUCUUCGUCCUCUUGUCCGCUGCGUACGAGGCGGAAUUCGCGGAGAAUCUGUCGCGGAAGGGGGUCGAAGCGUACGCGGGCUUCGGGGAAAACGUGUCGCUGUUUGUUCGGAGCAACCGGGUGGUGCCGGCGAAGACAGGUGGACGUGGGGACGACGACCAGGGGAAUGGAUUUUUGCAGGUUCUUGCAGGAAUGACAGAGGAGAUUCCAUCUGCAGCUGCACCUCGGUCAUCAAGUUCAGGCAAAAGUUUUUUCUCCUACUACGACGAAGAUGCGGGGAAAAUAAAGAGAAGCGCAGCAGGUACAGCUAGCAGAAAGGACUACAACCACAGCAUUCCGCCCUCUUCUGUCCUCAGAACGUGGGCGACAAUGAUGAAAGAGCGGGCUGUGAAAGCCGCCACGUGGCUCCUCCCGAUGAUCGGCGGGAGAAAGAAAGCGGGGAAAAAUCACGAGCUCCCCGCGUUCACGGCCUUUGUGCUACGACGAGAAGAUCAUGCCAAGAAACGAGUUGCGUCCACCACAAACCUUGGAGAUGUGAGAAAAAGCCCACGAGGACUCUUCAUCUCGGACGGCAGGAGCCAAACGGUGCCGGUGAGUAAGGCUUUUGCAGAGCCUGUUUCUGCUUCAGACGACCAAGAUAGUACAAGGCAAAAUGCAUUUACUGUAACAGCAGCCGAUAGUUAUUUUGACAACCCCACCUACUACCCUCCCACUUCACUGGGAAACAAAGCCGCGAAUUCUUUCCUCGAGCAGUAUCACGACGCGCAGGACGAGCCACGACCAGCAGCGACACCCCCUGUGGUCAACGACAAUCGUGUUUGCUCGACGGAGUACCUGGUUAACUGCCAACUCCUGCAAAAUUCCCAAGAACGGCUGAAGUGCCAGCAGUGGUGCAGUCCGUUCACCCAGCCGUUUGUCGUCCGGUCGGGCGUGGAUAGCCGGCCGGUGAUCGUCGCGGUUCUAUCGGUCCUCCUCUGCGGAGUAAUCUCGCUGCUGUUCUUCGUCCUGCUGAAGUAUAUCCACGGAAUUCGGUACAGGAUGUUCGCUAUGAAUUGCAAAAGUAUCGUAGUAGUAUAAAUUGCAUUACAAAUUGGAUUAGCAUUACAAAUCAAAUUUGUAAUGCGGAUCUGCUUUAACAGAAAGAUUUGUAAUGCAUAAAUGCAAUUAGUACGAAAACGAAUACGAUACUUUUGCACAGGAUGUUCGCGUGCAGGGAUCAGAAAGUGUUGUACUUCGCGCUGCUGGACCAGUAUCUGGGGUUCUUACCCUGUGUCCCGGAUGCGAUGCUUCCCUACUACGUGAAGGAGGGGGAGGACGACGCGGAGGAGCUGAGUAGCGACGAAAGCAUCAGCAGCGGCUCCGUGGUAUCUUCUUCGUCUGAGGAAGACGAGGAGAGGGACGAGGAGGUGCCUGAAGUAGACCAGGAAGGAAGGCUGGACCAAUUCAACAUUUCCGGUGAAAGCAACAAAGGAAAAGUAUUUUUGAACGAGUUAAUCCUGACGGGCAUGGAAGGAACAAACGAAGACGUUGAUACUUUUAACUUCUCUGUUGAAAGAAACAAGAACUUUAUUCCGGCUUUAUCACCCUCUUCCGAUCGGUCCCCCGGUAGUUCCUCCCCCUCGCCAGGGGAGCAAUCGCCCGGCGAGUCUCCACAGGAUGAAUCGGAUACCGAAGAAUUAGUGGCGAGGACGGAUACGAGGAGGAAAGCACAGGUAGCGGUGAACAAACAAGUGUCUUUUCGAGCCGCGAAAGAGCCGCCGGUUGACCCGUCGUAUAGUCCUCAGGACGAGUAUGAAGGGCAGGAGCGAAACAAUUUUUAUCAGCAGCAGGGUCCGGGGGAUUACAACCUCUUUCACCAAGUAGGACCACAGCAGCCAACGUCCGCUGUUCAUCCGGUGCAGAUCUCCUCGACUUCCACUGUCAACGAGGACCUUCUACUAGGUGGACAUACGCGGCUGCAAAGCAGUCCAAAGAGCGCACCGGUGCUAGCCCGGUCCCGGUCUCUGGAGCCAACGGUACUAUCUUCUGCUUCUGGUAUUAAGAAGGACCACAGUAAAGGCGGGGCGCGAGGACCACUGGAUGGCAACUACGUUAAGGAUCAACAUCACCAUAAACACAUUUCGUUCUGUUCGAAACAAAACAAGACGUUGGAAACCCAGUUUUCUGUCGUUUUGGAGAAGAAGAAAAACCGCUCUGCUUUCAAAGGCGUCGCAGUCGUGGAUAAGAAAGUUGUGGAUAAAAACAAAGACAGGAACAACAACCAGGAAAGCGGGACGACAGCCGGGUCGGUUCGCCCACGACUCGCCCUGCCGCAGCCGGGGAGGAAGCCGGAAGGUGAGGUCGCGGGGGUCGACGAGGACCAAGACGACCAAAGACGUCCAUUGCUGGCAAGUACAACAGCGAAUACUAGCCAGCGGCAGACCCGAGAGUCCUCUACCACGAAUAACUUGCAGCGCCGGAACACAAACCGUUCCAGCGCUAGGCGAACGAUUGAUGGCGACCAAGUACUAGAGGACGAAGCAACCACUAGAUCGGAGCAGAAGCAGCUAGAGCAGCAGAUCGCUUUGCUCCAGCAGCAGCGGCGGCAGGUCUUGGAACAGCAAGCCGAUGCGCCGCACGGGUUGACGCAUUUCCAAUCCGUGCGGGCGCAAAAGUGGAUCUGGCGGGCCUACGUUGGGUUACUGGUCGCAAUCACCUUGUUGCUCAUGAACCAAGUAAAGGAAAUCGUGAGGCAAGUACAGAACCUGCAGGAGUUCGGGAAAGUUUUUUUCUUCGAAUACGACGAACCAUCUGGGCUGCUGCUCCAGCUGAAACAGGAUCACCGCGAGGUCUGGUUGCAGUUCCUCUUCGUGUAUUCCCCGCUGCUGCUUCACCUCACCGGCUUGGUCAUCGUCACUCUGGCUGUGAUCUACGUCGUGCCCCGGAUUUUGGUGAGUCUCGCGCUGAUCUUCGCUUCCGGCGACACGCCGGACGAGGUGGCUUUUCAGCAGUACGUGAACGAGAUCGACGAAGAGGAGCGGAUAUGCACUGCAAAUAUGUCUGGGUCUGAGACAGUGCAACGUUUGUCAUGCACAUUUUGCAUGACCCUUGACCUGUGUGAUGCAUGCCCUAGCAUCACAGAUUUUAGGACGGCUUUCUGAUGCCCUUACUGCACGAGAAAUGCCCCUGUCGCAUAGCAAAAAGUGGACCUCUUUUGCUGUUCAUGCAAUACAGAGUUUUUGUGGAAUCUAAAGGCAGCAUUACAAGUUCUUGCACUCUUCCAGAUGACCCAGACAUAUUUGCACUGCAUAGCGGAAAGUCUUUCCCCACAUCCAGACCGCCGCGCACGUGUACGCGUUGUGCUUGUCCCUCGCGGCCUUCCAGAACGAAACGCGAAAACACCUCGCGAACAGCUACGUGAGCGAAGUUCCGGCUGGGGAGCAAAAACGGUUGGAGCGGGCGUGGCGGAAUUUUUCGAUUCCGCGCAAGUGGCUCACGUUGGACGAAGAGUCUUGUCACUUGACGAACAAAGAUGCACUGCAAGCGCUGCAAAAUUUACAGAACAACACAGGCACUAUGGGACGAGAAUCGGAGCAGUACUACGAGAAGGAGGAACUAGAUCAAUACCAGGAGUUCACGAAAAUCAAAGCGGCCGUGGAAAAAAGAUACGGAAAAGUGUUGCGGUGUGCGAAAGCCAGCAGUCAUGGCGCAGCAGGAGGUGUUGGUGGUGGUGUUCAUCAACGUAGUGUCAGUGGUGCGCAUGUUGAUCAAUAUUCGAAUCAUCUUCAGAAGCACGGCGGUAGUUCUCAUCUUCAAAAUAAUGCCACCUCAAACCACAAAGCGCAAAACGUUGAUCACGCCCUGGUUGCAACCACGACCGAAGCUGGUGGUGCAGCAGGGCAGCAGCUAGAGGCCGCUUUGAACAACAAUCAGCAGCACUACGAAAACGAGCGCGUGCUUGCCGCCGGGGCUUUGCCACUGAUGCUGAAGAAUUUGAGGCUACCGCGGGAGGAGCUGCUCCUGCUCUGCACGGUUGGACUGUCCUUGGUUUCCGACGAGAACCAGCUGCUGAGACACAGCGAAAUCAAGGUUUUGCUUGCAAUGUCACGGCGGUUUGCGGUGCAGAACUUGUUUGACGAAGAGACGUUUGCAGCCAUGCUAGUAGACAUUUUGAACACGCCGCUGCCGGAAAUGACAAUGGAGAUUGACAGAGAGGACAUCAACAACAACAACGGAAUAAACCAUGAUAAAAAUAAAGUUGAAAACAACUUUUACCACGACACGCCUGCCUUUCGUCUCGCGAGCAGUCCGGUUUUCACUGCGAAACCGCAGUCGCCAAAGCUGGAGAUUUUUCCACACGAUGACCAGGGGGGUAGUGAUUCUUGGGUGAAGAAGCAAUCUUCUGGCUCACAUCCACAGAAGAAGAAACCAAGCAAACACCUUCGCUUCGUGUCCGGGCAAUUGCGGCAAGAAGUAGAAACACCGACGACUGCAGUGAUUGACAAGGAAGAACUACAACAACUCCCGUCGACAUCACAUCAACAUCUACCGGGGGCUCAACAUCUUCAUUAUCUUUCCAGCGCCUCUUCCACCGGUUACCACAGUGACCGCGAGCUCUCGGCGGAUGAACAAGCGUCGCGAAUAAAUCUUGUUCAUCACACAGGCAAGAAGAACAAGGGCACAGCCAGUACGAUGUUGCUGACCAAGCCACCGCCAGUUUUACCGAUGGAAUUUAGCCACGACAACAACUUUAGUAUUGAACAUGACGAAGCGGAAGCGGCGACAACUGGUGCCCGGCAAUACACGGCGAGCAGCGACGCGACGUCUGCAGCUUCACCGGCUGCGACCACGGCAAGCAGGGAGAACACAGCUGAUGGAGCGGAACAAGCAGAGGGCACUACUAGUAGUACAACAAGGUCGAAUAAAGCUGACGUUCCUCUUGCCAGAACCUCCUCCGUACUCUACCGGGAAAAGCUCACAGAACUGAGGAAGCACUUCCUGAAUAACAGGGAGCAAGACCACCACAGUACAACUUCUGCAAUUGCAAGGAAUGGAAGAGUGCCAGGACAACAUGGCGCAGAUAAGCCGAGCACCAGAUCUACUUCUUCUUUAUAUCACCGAAACUCCGUCAUCUCCGACGCAGAGGUGGCGUACAUUUUGACCACUUUUCACUUGAAAAACGUGGAGGCCGCGGUUCCGCUGGUGAUGGCCACUUUGGAGGCGAGGUUGAAGAAUUUGUAUGGGGACGGGAAGCACCUACCCGAGGUGCGGGAUUUAUCCCUGUAUCUGUCCGCGUCGCGGGGUUGCUCGGGGCUACGGGGGCAGCCGUAUUGA